AUGAUUGGAUAUUAUAGGAAGUUUGUGAAGGGAUUUUCUCAGAUUUCUAUGCCUUUGACGAGAGUGACUCAAAAGUCAGUAGCUUUUGUUUGGACACCAGAAUGUGAAGCCAGUUUUCAGAGAUUGAAGGAUUAUUUGACAUAUGCUCCUGUGUUAGCACUUCCGUUAUGUACGGAAGGAUUUCAGGUGUUCAGUGAUGCUUCACUUAAAGGUUUGGGCUGUGUUAUGAUGCAGCAUGGUAGGGUAAUAGCCUAUGCUUCGAGACAGUUGAAACCACAUGAAAAGAAUUACCCAACGCAUGAUUUGGAAUUAGCUGCAGUUGUGUUUGCUUUGAAGAUUUGGCGUCAUUACUUGUAUGACGUCAGAUAUUUAAGGAAAGAGAUUAUAUACGAAUCUCACCAUUUAGGCUAUACGAUACAUCCGGGAAGUGGUAAGAUGUACGGAGACAUGAAGAGUUUGUUAUGGUGGCUUGGAAUGAAAACGGAUGUAGCAGAUUUUGUUGCGAAAUGCGAAGCUUGUCAGUUAGUGAAGGCAGAGCAUCAGCGACCAGGAGGGCAUGAUGCCAUCUGGGUGAUUGUGGAUCGAUUAACGAAGUCUGCACACUUUCUUCCGAUUAGGCAGACGGAUCCGGUGGAUAAGUUGGCACAGACUGACGGACAGUCUGAGAGGACUAUUCAGGUAUUGGAAGAUCUUCUGAGGUUAUAUGUUUUGGAUUUUGGAAGAAGCUGGAAAGAUCAUAUCCCUUUGAUCAAAUUUGCUUAUAUAUUAGUUUCUAGUCCAGUAUUGCGACAUCCGCCGGUGGCCGGCGGCUGGCCGGCCAUCCAGUUCAACUAUCAAGAUGCGUUCGAGCUCUGA